UUGGCCAUUUCACAUAGCUACAAGAACUGCGUGAGUAAAUUUUUGUGUCGUAAGUGUUACAAAAAACACAAUACUCUGAUACACAGAGAAUCCAGCUUUCGACCUGAAUCAACUCCGGAAAUGCCAAACGUCACUAGUUCGAACCCUGAAAACGCUUCAAGUACCGAACUUCCCACCCAAAGCACAAAUACAAAUCGGCAAUCCUACACAACAACUAUACAGUCCACUAAAUCAUCAACCCAAGACCCACCCAACCCAAGUAGGAAGCAGAUAUUACUCGGUACUGCAAUGGUUCAAAUAGAACAUAAUGGCCAGCGAUAUUCUGCGAGAGCUCUUAUUGAUUCAAGAUCGGAAGCCACAUUUAUAUCUCGAAGACUUCAGAGAAGUUUGGAUAUACCCACCCACUCUGUAUCAGCCCAAGUGACCGGACUAAACAAUGCAGUUUCAGCAACAACAACGAGUAUUUGUGAAAUCACGCUUUGCUCACUCUUAAACACAACUGAUAGUUUACCCUCAUACCCCAUAGAUCCAAAGCAGUGUCUUAAAAAUCUUGGAUUCACGUUAGCCGACACCCAAUUUCACAAACCCAGACCCGUGGAUAUACUAAUCGGUAGUGAUAUCUAUCCUAGUAUUUUACUCAAUGGAGUAAAGCGAAAUAUACUAGGUUCACUCUUAGCUCAAGAGACAGAAUUCGGAUGGAUAUUGUCCGGACCCAUAACCCAACCCUCCCAAAAUUCCGCCAUAAUCCCGUUUCACAAUAAAGUGAACCCUGAGAAUCUACUCACACGUUUUUGGGAGGUGGAGAAAAUCCCAAAGGAAUCCGUAGUUUCCAAAUCGGACCAAAUUUGUGAGGAAAUUUUCCAAAAAACUAACCAUCGUAAUCCAGAUGGGCGCUAUAUAGUAACCCUACCCUUCAAAGAACCCGACAAUAUUGAUAUCGGAUACUCUAGACAUAUAGCGUUGGCCCAAUUCCUCAGAAAUGAACGAGCUUUACUUAAAAAACCCGAAGUGAAAGCAGAAUAUGACAAAGCAAUUAUGGAAUAUUUGGAACUCCGACAAAUGAAGAAAAUAGAAUAUGACCCUUCUGUUAAAGCGACCCAAUAUUACUUACCACACCACGCAGUCAUUAAACCUGAUCGUAUAACCACGAAAUUGCGUGUGGUAUUUUAUGCAUCUUGUCCCACGUCAAAUAACAAAAGCUUAAAUGACGUCUUACAUAUCGGGCCUACUUUACAGAAAGACCUUGUCAUUCUGAUCACAAAUUGGCGACUCUUCCAAUUUGUUUUUAUUGCGGAUAUUCAGAAAAUGUACCGGCAAAUACUCGUAGACCCUAAUCACACUCUGUUCCAAAGGAUAUUAUUUAGGAAGUCCCCGGAAGACACAAUAGAAGACUUUGAAUUGCAAAAAUGUCAGAGUUCACAAAUGCCUUUGCCUUAUUUAUGGCAAUGCCUUGAGUUCAUUAUUGCAUGGCAACUCUUUUCAAUGCGCAACAGAUGUCGAACUUGUGCAUCGUUUUCGUUUUUGAUGCUUAUGGUUUUUUUGGCGUUCGAAAUGACGGAAAUAUUAUGCGAAAAGAAGUGGAGUCACGAGAGGAAGAAGCUCCUUAUAGAAGUACGUUUGCGACAUGAACCAGAAUUUAGUGCAAAGAAGAAAAAAAGGAAUAUAAUUUGGGAACAAAUAAUGCGGGAGAUUCGGGAUGUUGAAAGCACAUUUCCAUUUUCUAAAGAUGAAGCGACUAGAUGUUUUAUCAACAUAAUGGGCACGUAUAAAAGAAUCAAGAAACGUACGAAACACAUCUGGUGAGAGUUCUACAAACUGGGAAUUUUUAGAUGCCUUAGACGAGGUCUUCGGCAGCCGCAGUAGCGUUCUUGUGCCAAGUGAAAUGGUCGAAAGUUCACUUCAUAAUUUAAUAGAAGAUUUAACAAGUGAUGGCCCUUCGACACCGACCAAUAGCCACUCGACAAUGAACUCAGAUGCGACACCUGCAGAUAUUACAACUCCAAGGUGUGUAAUAAAACGAAAACGUUGCGAAGUUCUGGAUUUUUUGAAUAAAAAAUCUGAGGCAGAUGCUAAAAUUAUGAAGAAACUGCUGGACCUGGAGACAGAAAAAAUUGCGGUGGAAAAAGAGAAAGUAGCUGAGUUAAAGGAAAUUCGUACCUUAUUCCAGAGAUUUGUAGAAAAUUCACAAUAAUUUUAAUUUGUUUACUCUAAUCGGCUGAAGUCUUUUUAAGUUGAAUUAAAACCAAAUAUCAAUGCAAUAAAUUUAUUGUUAUUAAUUGAAUUCAAUAAAACAUGUUAAAACAAAAU